AGCGGUCGACAAGCACCGUUGUGCCAUUGCUCCAUUUUGCCUUAUUCCCCGUCUAGACACUCAACGUCAAGGCAAGUAUGGGUUACAGGACUGUGGUGAUGUACAUGGAGAUUGGCUGUUUUGUGGUCUGCGUAUCUGGAUGGAUACUGGUCUGUUCCACCAUGCCCACAGAGAUCUGGACUUGGUCUGAGGUGGACAGUAUAGUCUUGACCACUUCAAACUAUUUCUCCAACCUGUGGAAGGAUUGCGUAUCUGAUUCAACUGGAGUAUCUGACUGCAAGGGAAUUCCAUCAAUGCUUGCACUGAACUGGGAUAUUCACAUGUGCCGUGCACUCAUCAUCAUCUCCAUUAUCCUGUCUUUCUUUGGAUCCAUUCUGGUCUUAGUGGGAAUGAAGUGCACAAAAAUUGGGGGAUCAGAGCUUGCUAAUGCAAGAGUGACCUUUGCUGGGGGGAUGAACUACCUUAUCGGAGGAAUGUGUUCCAUGGUCUCUUUCUCCUAUUAUGGAAACAAAAUUAGAGCCGAAUUUCAAGACCCUCUCUUCAGAUCUCAGAAGUUUGAAAUAGGUGUUGGUGUCUUCAUCGGCUGGGGAGGCUCCACCUUACUUGUUGUCGGAGGCCUUAUUUACAGUAUCUUUGCAGGAAGGGAAGGGUGCCACUCAAGCUCAGAAAGAUUCCCCGACUACCAGCCUCCUGAUGCCUACGCUUUUGUUCCAACAAAAAAGAGCACUGCAUUCUCGGCCAGUACACGCAGUGAGGCCAGUGAGGGCACGAAAUCAAGGGCAACCAGUGGCAGCAGAGUCAGCAGCAUCUCUGGGAUCACCUCUUCCACCAAGUCGUCAGCAACAAAUGCAUAUGUGUGACCUCAUUUAAAAUGU